AGUAGGUACCCCAUGCACCUAAAAGAUGUGCUUCCCUUCAGCUGAGCCCUGUGGAUCUCACCUGGGAUAGGAGCACAGAUGGGCCUGGGCCCUGCAGCUGCGAUACACGGACAUCCCUCAGCAGCUGCGGAAGACGGGGUUAUGAGGACAGCCUGGCAGGGGAAGGCUGGUCGCAGCCCACUCCAGGCCCUGUAUGAGAGCGAUCAGUUUGAACAGUCAUCGCUGCAGGCGGUUCACCAGCAGCGAAGGGAGCUGUUGAGCAACGUCUGCAACCGUUACACCCGCAAGCGGCGGCUGCUGCGGCCGGAUGACUUGCGGCACUUGGUGGUGGAUGACACGCAUGGGCUUCUCUACUGCUACGUGCCCAAAGUGGCUUGCACAAACUGGAAGCGGGUGAUGAUGGUCCUGACGGGGCAGGGCAAGUACCGGGAUCCUCUGGAAAUCCCUGCCAACGAGGCCCACGUGUCGUCCAACCUGCACACUCUCUCUGAAUACAGCAUCCCCGAGAUCAACCACCGCCUGCGCAGCUACCUCAAGUUCAUCUUUGUGCGGGAGCCAUUCGAGCGCCUGGUCUCGGCCUACCGCAACAAGUUCACCCGCAGCUACAACACGGCCUUCCACAAGCGCUACGGGACCAAGAUCAUCCGGCGGCACCGGCAGGAGCCCAGCGACAAGGCGCUGGAGCGCGGGGAUGAUGUGCGCUUCGAGGAGUUUGUCUACUACCUGCUGGAUCCGCGGACUCAGCGGGAGGAACCCUUCAACGAGCACUGGGAGCGCGUGCACUCGCUCUGCCACCCCUGUAUCGUCCACUACGAUGUGGUGGGCAAGUACGAGACCUUGGCUGAAGAUGCCAACUACAUCCUCCAGCUUGUGGGUGCCGACACGAGUGUCAAGUUCCCGUCCUCGUCCAAGACCACCAGAACCACGGAUGACAUGACGGCCCAAUUCUUCCAGGACAUUAGCCCCUUCUACCAAAGACGACUCUUUAAUUUAUACAAAAUGGACUACUUGCUCUUCAACUACUCCAUCCCUUCUUACCUCCGCAUCCGAUGAGGCAGUUGCUGGGAAGAGAGGUGGGGAGAGCUGGGUACUUCUCUUGCCACAACUCCUCUCAUCCCACCCCAUGCUCAUCUCUCGGUUCUCCCCAUGCCCUCUCCAUUACAUUCUGUUUUGUGUGCCUCGUUCAGGCACAGUCUGGAGGGAGAACACCCCGCAGAACACUGGGGCUGGAGUUUCUCCUUUCCUUUCUCUCCCACCCCUUGACUUUGAUACUUGUCAGUGGGUACAGGAAGCUGCUGGCUUUGAAGGCUUGCUUUGACUGGGGUUUUUCUUAUGACUAAGAGAUUCCUCUGUAGAUCCAAGUCUUGGGAAGGGUCCUUUUUGGGGCAGGAUCCUUUCGGGUGUUUCUCCUCCUCACUUGGCUGUUUGGGGUCAGCCUGGGGAGCAGGAUGGAGCUUAUCAGAGAUUUACAUAGGACCAGAAAUAAAGCAAUAAUGUAAGUUUUUCUUGUUCAAUUCAAAUUCCUUCCACCUUCUUCCUGCCUUCUCGUCCCUCCAUCCUGGCUUCCCGUGCCAUCUCCAUUGUUGUGGAGGGCGGCAACGUAAGCUGCAUUUUGCUCUGACAGAGCCUGGAGGGCUUUUUGUUCCUCUUCUUCCAUGUGCUCUCAGCUGGGAUGCAAAAUGCUGUGAACGGGGAGAAAGGAGCAGAUGUGCAGCUGGUAUGAGUGACAGAGAUAGAGCGAUUUCUCCUGAACGACAGCAGCAGAACCAUCGAUCUGUGCGUAUGUGCAUCUGGAUUUCUUGUCAAGUCCAAUAAAUCCAGGUUCAGUUUUUUGUUUUUCUUAAUUAUGUAAAAACAGGUAUUGAUUGUUUUGCAAAGCCAUACAUCCAACACAGGUGCAGGUACACCCACUUGGCAUGAAGGGAUGGAGGAAGAGCGUCCUGCAGAGAAGGUGAUGUUGCAUUGGGAAGGCUGGAGGAGUGUGUGUGUGUGUGCGCGCAAGAGAGUAUGCAUGUGCAUCAGAAAAAAUAGAGAAUUAAAAAUGGGGACAGAGACACCUAGAGGAAAAUUCCCCUUUGCUUGACUGGCUUCGGACAAUUCACUCCUUGAAGUAGAAACAGGAGGAGGGGGAAACACAAAAGAAAAUGACAAACCCGGUCCUGGGGUUUUAAGUUCAAGCCAGUCCUAGGAGCUUUAUUUCUUUAAAUCCAUAUUUAAAAACUCUUUUCUGUUCAGCCCUGGCUAGGUGGCUGCCUUAGUAAAUAAACGCAGCAGUAAUAGAAUUUGCUGUAGUGUGUCUACUGGACCAGCUGCGAGCACUUGACUUAUUAGUGCAAUACAAUGGAGGUUUUAUAAGACCCCAGUGUGCUCAGACUGUUCUAAAAUACCAUGUUUUCAUCUAACAACUUUUGGCUGUUACAUCUUAACCUUUUUUGAUCUCUGAUUCUGAUCUGAACCUUUCUGCUGACAUUCCCCCCUUGGUUAUGCUGUUUGGAGAGUGGGUUUAGCAAGCAUUGAAAAAGAAAAGGAAAUAGAAUUGUUGGUGAUGCUGGCAGCCUGAGUGGUUCUCGCAGAGCUGGAGCUCUUGCAGAAAUGGCCUUUCUAGAGAUGCAUCUCGGAGCACAGAAACAGCUGAUGUAUACUGCAAAUGUCAGCAUUUGGGCUCAGAGUGUAUUCCUUCUGUGUUCUCAGGAGUCUUGCAAGCCCUGGUAGUGCUGCCUGGUGUUGGAAAAGAAAUCGUAAUUCCAGUCACCACAAGCUCUUGGUCAUAUGGAGUCAGCAUCACAAAGGAAUGGAGUUUUGGAUGGAUUUGUGUUCUUGAAUACUAUGUUCUGCAGGUAGCUGGUGGCACAUUGAGAGGCAGGGACAAAUAUAGCCUGGCUCCUGUGAGUGUGCAUGCUGCUGGCUGGGAGAGCUCUGCUGUGAUACCAGGAAGCCAGCAACCAGACUUUGUCCAUGUGAUGGUGACUGGUGCUGGCUGGGGUGUUCCUUCCCUCUGCAUCGUGUCCCCAGCAUCCCCAGCAAGUCCCUGCCUUGCCCCGUAGGGCCAUGGCCUACCUGUUGCAUUCUCUGACAUGCUGUCUUUGGGCUGAUGUGUUUGGAUAUACCCACUGUUAAAAUCCAGUGCAUUUAUGUCACAUCCUCAGCCUUCCUUAUGCCUAAACAUCAUUCCCCAAAGCACAGCAUGACAGUGACAGAAAAUGGCAGCAUGGAGCGGGUGGUGAUGGAGCGAGGAGGACACCGUGUGACAGGAGGGGAUAACUGCAGGUGUGACACCUGCAGGAAUUUGUGCUGGAAUCCAGUUCUUUCAGUGGCUUCUAUUUUUAAUUAUGUUUUCCUGCAUCCCUUCUUCUUGCCAGAUGAGAAAUUAUCAAGGUGAUUGGAUGAGAGGUCAUGGCCUUAAGCUGCCCCAGAGCAGGCUCAGGUUGGAUCUUUGGAACAUUGUCUUCUCUGACAGAGUGGUGAUGCAAUGGCACGGGCUGCCCAGGGAGUGCUGGAGUCACCAUCCCUGGAGGUGUUACAGAACCACAGCGAUGUGGCACUGAGUACUGUUGUGGUCAGUGGGCAUGGUGGGGGUGGGUUGGGGUUGAACUCGGUGAUCUUAGUGGUCUUUUCCAGCCUUAAUGAUUCUGUGGUUCUCUACCUCUUCUCAAUCUAGGGCUGGGAGUGUAAUCCUUGUUGUUUCUGCACCAGGGCAGGGCAGGACAAGCCGUGGGCCAUGCUGCCAAGGUCACCCCAGCAGUGGGAGCCCAAAGACUAACAGAGUAAAUCAAGUGAGCUGUGAUAAUCACACACGGCUUGGCCUCAGGCAAGGAACAACCUUGCAAACUCUCUUUGAACCCUCCCUUCUGCAACUCCCCCAUCAAGUGCCUAUUAAAAAUUAAUAAUUAAAAACUAAGAACCAGGAAGCACUAUUUAGACCUCUGAGUCACAGCUUAGACAGGGCAGUGGGGUUUAGUGUGAGGCUUGGGAGCUGCUAUGGAGCUCUCAGAGCCCCAGGGAUGCAAAAAUAAAGAACAGCAUCACUUUUAUACAUGUUUGUGUGCAUGCACACGUAUACAGUGUAAAUAACAAUUCUUUUAUAAUGUAUAAUAGAAUUAUUUCAAAUAAUUGUGAUAUUUAUAUGUUAAUACAUGGACAAUAUGUAAUAAGUAUGUGUAUAAAAUUUGUUACCAGAAUAAUUAAAUAGCAGACAUGAUUGUACUAUA